CUCAGUCAGUCACUUCAGUUGGUUUAGCAGCUUUGCAUCGCUUGCUGUUUCUGCUCAAUCCGACUGUUAAAAUCCGUGAAUACUUUGUCCGAACUGUGUGAUCUCUGAUCUGCGUGAUCUCUGAUCGGCAUUAGGAGAGAUUUCCACACAGAUUUUCGACAGAACAGAGGGUAAAGCACCAGCGUGUGAAAAAUGCCCCAGUACAAACGUGUACAUUUCGAGGAGUCCACAGAGCUCCUCCCCCUCCUAACCAUCAGAGGAGUAAAGCCCCCACACCCCCCACCUGAAAGGAGCUCCAACAUAAAACCUGAGAGCCGUAGAGUUGUUUCCGGCAUCUCAAGGAAUGCUUGGAGUAUAGAGUCGACAUACCCCUUCAUAAACAUCAAAGGUGUUGGUGUGUUCUCUCCACACCCCCCGCCUGACCUGAGGUCCCAUACAAAACCUGAGAGCCGUAGAGCACCGUCCGGCAUCUCAGUGGAUUGUGGGAACGUUAAUGCUUCCCAACAAUCGAAACACCUCCGUCCCUUAAACCACAGAGGCGUUGGUGCAUUGCGGCCACAUCCACCAGACAGAAGCUCUGUGAGGGAUCCCGACGGCCGCAAAACCAUCCUCAAAGUCUUGAAGGAUUAUGGGGACAUUACUGGCCUCCCUCCCGUAAACUGCAAAGGUGUGCCACGUCCAGACUUGCAUGAAAGAUGUAAAGUUCUUCCUGCCAUUACAAAGGCCUGUAAGAACAUUACUGCACUGCAGCAAUCCAAGGACCUCCCCCCCUUAAACGUCAGAGGUGUUGGUCUACAUUCACCACAUCCACCAUCUGACGUUACCCCUCAAAUUAAACCUGAGGGCCACAACGUUCUUCCCGCAACCUCAGAGAAGGAAUGCGGGAACAUUAAGGGUUCCCAGAAGUCUAAACUUCUUCCCUUAAACCAAAGAGGACUGAGGCCAAAGCCACAGAAGAAAAUACAGCGGUGGGAACCUAGUGAUGAAACUUUUGCUUUCAUCUGUAAAAGAAUGAUAGAAGAUACGCAGAUGGACCGAGCGUAUCAAAACAGCCUUUCUGUAGCAGAUCGAGAGACAUUCUCAUCUAGGUGUAAAAAACUUAAAAUGGAUGACAUGAAGGAUAUCAUUUGGAGAAAGAAGAGUUGAGGUCACUACACGUACUGUUGAAGGAGGCUGAAGGAACCCUGGAGGACGCCCGAAUGACUCUUUGAGAUUACACACACACACAAUCACACAUGCAUAUACACAAAGACGCAC